AUGGAGGAGUGCUUGAUAGACGUCCACAAUUUAUGGGGCCCUCAGGUCCAAGGCUGUGGCACGGACUUCGACCUGACACUCCUCUUCCAAGAAAUCAUCCUAUCCAUCUGGCCUCUGGCCAUAGCAAUCUGCUGGGCGCUAUGGCGAAUAUUGGAGCUCCACAUUAAGGACAGCAUCGUCGCUUCAUACAUGCUCUACGGAGCGAAAGCUGUCGGCUACAUCUCAUCAAUCAACCUCCAGAUCUCGCUCCUCGCCGUCCAAGCCUUCGUACAAACCUCCCGCACCGACGCGACAAUCCCAGCAAGCUGCGUUGGGAUUGUCGGCAGCGCCAUCCUCGCAACAGCAUCUCACUACGAGCAUACUCGAACACCGCGCGCAUCGACCAUCUUACUCCUUUACCUGGGCUAUUCCACCAUCGCGGAUGCGCUGCGCGCGCGUACCCUCUGGAGCAUCCCGGAUAACCACAUCUCCGCGGCCGUCUUCACCCUCUGCUGUGCCUGCAAAUUCGGGAUCCUUGUCGCCGAGCGGUGGAGGAAGAGCGUGCGUGCGGACAGACAUCAGCCCACGCCCGAUGAACAGGCGGAUAUCAUAUCCCGGGCAUUUCUGUGGUGGAUUGUCCCGUUGUUUCGGACGGGGAGGAAGAAAGCAGCUCUGCCUCUGACGUCGGAGAAGCUUCCAGAUGUCGAGCGCAAACUUGUCCGUCCUGUUGUGGUCGCGCUGAAGAGCGAGGGACAGGGCGCCCGCGGUCUCAAAGGGCCUUCCAUCUUCCAUGACAUGUUUUCCGGUCGUGGCUGGAUGCUGCUGAGCCCGGUGGUUCCGAGACUGGCGUAUAUAGGCUUCACGUUCGCGCAGCCGUUCCUCGUCCAUCGCGCGACAGCGUACAUGUCCGAACCAGCAGGGCCGAAUAUCUACAAGAUUGGAGGAGGCUUGAUCGGCGCUUAUGCGAUCGUCUAUGUGGGGAUUGCGGCGUCUCAAUCGUUCUAUCGCCAAUGUACUGCGCGGGUCAUCACGGCCCUCCGCGCCGACCUGGUCGGGAAGAUACACAGCCAUACACUGAAACUUAGCUCGUCGUCUGCAUCGCGCAAGUCUGCGUCGACCCUGAUGAGUGCUGAUGUCGAGCGAUUUGUGGCCGGCACGCGCGACAUGCAUGAAUGUUGGGCGUGCAUCAUCGACGUCGCGCUCGGGCUAUGGCUGCUUUCAGAGCAGCUCGGGGUUGCUGUCGCGGCGACAGGAGGACUAACAGUGACAUUCCUGCUCCUCACCAUUGCCAUUCUGAAGCCCGCUGCUAAGCGGCAAAGCAAAUGGCUCAGGGGCAUGGAGAACCGACUCGCGGCCACGACGCAGGCUCUACAGACCAUGAAGGGGAUCAAGAUGACCGGCAUUGUGUCGGUCAUUCGCGGCGAUUUGGUGGCCCUGCGCAAAGUUGAGGUUCGUAAGCUCAGGCGCUUCCGGUAUAUCUUGCUGGUGGUAGCAUGGGCAGCUUGGAUUCCUGUUAUAAUGGCGCCUAUCCUGGGCUUCACGCUGUACAGCCUGGCCUUCGGGCACACGCUGACACCUGCUGUUGUGUACCAAGCGUUGACAAUCUUUGAAAUCUUCGGGAAUGCUGUCGCUGUCCUGAUCAAUAGUUCAAUUCAACUGGCCACCGCCGUUGCUUCUCUUUUACGGAUUCAGGGCUUCCUGCUCGACGACAACACGCGCCACGAUAGUCGACUGAUUCUUUCUCCAGCUGCGCACGACGACGUGCGCUCUUCCACGGCAGAGGAUGAGACACCAUUACUGUCCCCCGCUCCAACCGACUCCGAUGAUGUGCUUCUCCGCAGACUCAGCCGCCGACUGUCUAGACGACAGGCUCCGCGCGUGGCGCUCCAGCUCACCCGCGCCUCGGCCGGCUGGAACGCAGACACCGGGACGAUCGUGCAAGACGCAAAUCUGGCCAUUGUUUCGCCGGCUGUGCUUGCCGUGGUGGGACCCGUGGGAAGCGGCAAGACGACGAUGCUUCAGAUGCUGCUUGGGGAGGCGCAGACGGAGGGCGGGUCGGUGGCACUGUCGAGCUCGCAUAUCGGCUACUGCAGCCAGACGCCGUGGCUGAUCAAUGACACCGUGCGGAAUAAUAUUGUUGGAUCGGGUCCGUUCGAGGAGCGAUGGUAUAACGCGGUCAUCCGUGCGACGGCGCUGACCAAGGAUCUCAGGGGGAUGCGGCAUGGGGAUAGCACGGUUGUUGCGUACGAGGGGGGCAGUUUGAGCGGGGGCCAGAAGAAGAGAGUCGCUCUUGCGAGGGCAAUUUACUGUAGAGCGCCGAUUGUCAUACUGGAUGACCCGUUUAACGGCCUGGAUGGCGGCACAGAGGCUGCGGUGUUGGAAGCAGUGCUCGGCGGGGAGGGCCUGUUGCGCAAAGGCAACACCCUGGUGGUGUGGGCUACCAGCACAGCCCAGCAGGUGCGGUUCGCAGACAGAGUCAUCUCGCUUACGCAGACCGGAGGGCUCCGCAAGCAGGACUCGUUGGUGAAGAAAGCCCGCGGAUCUCAAGUCGCAGGCGAAGAAGAGUCGAAAGAGUCCGAGGAGAACAUCAGGGCCUCUGUUUGGCGAGGACUGUCCACGCGCGAGAUUUUUCAAGAGCCUUUACUAGGCACUUUGCCGGAGGAACCAGCGUCUGCGCAGGCUAUCCACGCGACGGCCGGUAUAUACAGAUACUACGUCAAGUUCUCUGGCAGGCUGAGAUUCUGUGUCUUCUUGCUACUCUGCGCGAUCUUCGUCUUUGGCAUCACAUUUACUCAAUAUUGGGUCGCCCGCUGGGCCGAAAGCAGUGUGCGCGACCCAAACAGCCCUCAGGACCGCUACAUUGGCGUCUAUUUCGCCCUUGGUGCUGUUGCUCUGGUAGCCUGGACAGCCGCAGCAGCCUUCUUCGUGAUUUGCAUCACCCAACGUUCCGCAGACCGCUGCCACGAACUCAUCCUCGACACCGUCCUCGCAGCCCCAAUGUCCUUCUUCGACUCGACGGCCGCAGGCGAGACCAUCAACCGCUUCAGCCAGGACAUGCAGCUGAUCGACACAGAGCUGCCCUACGACAUCCUCGGCACAGUCACGCAGGCAAUGGUCGUGGUCGGACUCGGUGGAAUCAUCAUCUACGGCUCGCCGUGGUCUGGUCUUGCGAUUCCCGCCGUCGCCAUCGCAGUCUACUACGUGCAACUAGUCUAUCUGCCAACCUCGCGACAGCUCCGCGUGUUGGAGAUCGAGACCAAGGCACCGCUAUUCUCGCACUUCCUGGAGACGCUCAACGGGCUGGCUACGAUUCGGGCCUUUGGAUGGACCGCGGACUAUGCGCGGCAGAACAUCGAGACGAUUAAGGCCAGCCAGAAGCCAUUCUACCUGCUCUUCUCGGCGCAGAACUGGCUGAAUCUUGUGCUCGAUUUGAUCACGGCGGGGUUGGCCGUGGUUAUUAUGUGUGUGGGGGUUGCUACCAGAUCGCCUACGAACUCGACCCUCGGGCUGGCCUUGCUGAGUGCGUCAAAUGUCGGCCUGGCCGCGAAGAGGUUGGUUUCCUACUGGACCAAGAUGGAGACCAGUAUGGCUGCUGUCGAACGCGUGAGGGCCUUUACGGGGGAGACGCCCUCGGAACUGCCUUCGAAGCAGGACACCACUGUUGGCAGCGCUGAUGACAAGGCAUGGCAUGGGGAGGGGAGUAUCACAUUCUCCAAAGUGUCUGCCAAGUACAUACCGACCUCGCCGCUCGUCCUCAGCAGCGUUUCCUUCACCAUCCAACCAGGACAACGAGUCGCAGUCUGCGGCAGGACCGGAAGCGGCAAGAGCACACUCCUCGGCGCACUGCUGCGCCUGAUAAACCUACACAGUGGCAGCAUCCUAGUAGACGGAGUGGACAUCUCCACGAUGGACCCCAACCGCGUUCGAUCACGCUUCAUCACGUUGCCACAGGAGCCGGUGCUUGUUAACGGGACAGUGCGACAUAACAUGCAGCUGUACGUGCCGGAUUGCGAAGACUCGGCUAUGAUCGCUGCCCUGCAGGCUUUCGGGCUCUGGGAGACCAUUCAAGCCCAGGGUGGUCUUGAUGUCCCAUUAGCAGAGGGUCAUUUGUCGCACGGCCAGCGGCAGCUGUUCUGCUUCGCCAGGUCAACAUUGCAAGCCGGGAACACGGUUGUCCUUGAUGAGCCUUCGAGUCAGAUUGACAGGGGGACUGAGGAGAUGAUGGAUCGGGCGAUUCGCGAGAGAUUCCGUGGGCAUACGGUGCUGUGUAUAGCACACAAGCUGAGUACGAUUCUGAGCCUUGAUACGGUGAUUGUUAUGGACUCUGGGUGCGUAGCAGAGACUGGCAAUCCGAGAGAGCUGUUGCAGGACCGCAGCUCGUUGUUUUCGAAGCUCAUGCAGAGUCGGCCAGAUCAGCAUUCGCCGAGUAGAUAG